CGCGACUUGAGGGGCGCGCGCCGAGCUCCGUCCGCGGCCGCCCCGCGACAGCGCAGCGCCCGCUCCGCACCGCGAGCCGCGCUCCGCUCCCGGCACCGCCGCCGGCACCGCCCCUUCCCGCGCCUCUCCGCAGGACAUUAGGAGUUCGAGGAAAGCUUUCAAAGGGGAGUUUUCUGGGAAGGAAAUCAUAUUUUUGUGGGUUUUUUUUUUAUAAUGAAGAAAACCAUCUGAAUUGCCUGAUGUUUCUGUGGUAAAGUAACUUGCAUUCUUGCAGCACAGGAGGAAUUCUUUCCUGCAUUACAAAUUUGGAAGAAGUGUUAAAAAGUGAGUGUUGGAAAAUGGUUCUCUGAAAGAGGUGUGGAUGUAUCAGGAUGUAGCUACUGUACAAAGGUCAUACUUGGAUAAUUCUGGAUAGGAAAAAGCAUCCCUUUCCUGACCUCCUGAAGAGGCUGCAAUCCUUCGAGCCUCAGCAUAAUGAAUGGUUUCUAUCACGCGGCACUAAAGUUCCCUCCUCUGACUACUACGCUGCACAGAAGAGUUUGUAAGAGUUACAAAGAAAGCAAUUCCUGCUAAAGGCAUUAAACCAAACAAAAGAGGCUCUUCAUUCACAGACUUUACAUGAGGACUAAAAUAGAAGGAAGCUGAAGCUUUUCUACACUGGGGCCUGGUGUGCUUAUAUACCAUGAUAAAUCUUGGUUGGAAUGCUCAUUGAGUAUCGUGCCAGGAGCCAGGAAACACACACCACCACCACCAAGGACCAUCUGAGUAAACACCAUCGAGGAAAAAACUGCUUCAUGGAGUAAACCGUAAGAGUGACUGGGCAGAAAGACAUCCCUUCACUGGAUAUCCUCAAGCACAAAAUUUACUCAUACCUUUAAAUACGAUUGUUGAAGAUCAGAACUGUAUAGAAAUCUCAUCAUUCCUGACCAUGAUUAGUGUUACCUGGAGCAUCUUCCUAGUUUGGACUAAAAUAGGGCUGUUACUUGACAUGGCACCUUAUUCUGUUAGUGCCAAACCAUGCCCUUCAGUAUGUCGCUGUGAUGUGGGUUUCAUAUAUUGUAAUGAUCGCGAUUUGACGUCUAUUCCUACAGGAAUCCCAGAGGAUGCAACUACCCUCUUCCUUCAGAACAAUCAAAUAAAUAAUGCUGGGAUUCCUUCAGAACUGAAGAACUUGCUUAGGGUGGAAAGAAUAUAUUUAUACCGCAACAGCCUAGAUGAAUUCCCCACUAACCUCCCUAAGUACAUUAAGGAACUGCAUUUGCAGGAGAACAAUAUAAGGACCAUUACUUAUGAUUCACUUUCAAAAAUUCCUUAUCUGGAAGAACUGCAUUUGGAUGAUAAUUCUGUUUCUGCCGUUAGCAUCGAGGAUGGAGCUUUCCGGGACAACAUCUAUCUCAGACUUCUUUUUCUCUCUCGAAAUCACCUUAGCACCAUCCCCUGGGGUUUGCCUAAAACCAUAGAAGAGCUACGCUUGGAUGAUAAUCGUAUUUCCACAAUUUCUGAGCUGUCCCUUCAAGACCUUACAAAUCUAAAACGCCUUGUUUUAGACGGAAAUCUUCUAAAUAAUCAUGGAUUAGGAGACAAAGUCUUCAUUAAUCUAGUCAAUCUUACAGAAUUGUCAUUGGUCCGCAAUUCACUCACAGCUGCUCCGGUGAAUUUGCCGGGAACAAACCUAAGAAAGCUUUAUCUCCAAGAAAACCACAUCAACCGUGUGCCACCCAAUGCUUUCUCUUACUUACGGCAGUUGUACCGACUAGAUAUGUCCAAUAACAAUCUCAGCAAUUUACCUCAGGGUGUCUUCGAUGAUCUGGACAACAUCACUCAACUUUUUCUUCGCAACAACCCUUGGCACUGCGGGUGCAAAAUGAAAUGGGUCCGUGACUGGUUACAGUCACUGCCUUUAAAAGUGAACGUACGCGGACUGAUGUGUCAGGCACCAGAAAAAGUACGUGGAAUGGCUAUCAAAGACCUCAGCGCAGAACUGUUUGACUGUAAGGACGAUAGCGUGAUAAGCACCGUCCAAAUCACUACUGCAGUACCAAACACGUUAUACCCAGCCCAGGGACACUGGCCCAUUUCUGUGACCAAACAACCAGACGUCAAGACUCCCAACCUAAAUAAAAACUACAGAACCACAGCGAGCCCGGUACGUAAAAUCAUUACAAUAUUUGUGAAAUCCGUAAGCACGGAGACUAUUCACAUCUCCUGGAAAGUUGCACUACCGAUGACUGCUUUGAGACUGAGCUGGCUCAAGAUGGGUCACAGCCCUGCCUUUGGAUCUAUAACUGAAACUAUAGUUACAGGCGACAGAAACGACUAUUUGCUCACGGCUCUCGAACCGGAGUCACCGUACCGUGUGUGCAUGGUUCCCAUGGAAACCAGCAACAUCUAUCUCUCCGAUGAAACACCCGAAUGCAUCGAGACCGAGACGGCGCCUCUUAAGAUGUACAACCCUACCACCACCCUCAAUCGGGAGCAGGAGAAAGAGCCUUACAAAAACUCCAGCUUGCCCUUGGCCGCCAUCAUCGGCGGCGUGGUGGCGCUGGUGGCCAUAGGGCUGCUGGCCCUGGUCUGCUGGUACGUCCACAGAAACGGGUCCCUGUUCUCCCGGAACUGCACCUACAGCAAGGGACGCCGGAGAAAAGAUGACUAUGCCGAAGCGGGAACCAAGAAGGAUAACUCCAUCUUGGAAAUCAGGGAGACUUCUUUCCAGAUGAUACCAAUAACCAGUGACCAAGUGUCCAAGGAGGAAUUUGUAAUACACACCAUCUUCCCACCUAAUGGCAUGAAUCUGUACAAGAACAGCCACAGUGAAAGCAGUAGUAACAGGAGCUACAGAGACAGUGGUAUUCCAGAUUCAGAUCAUUCACACUCAUGAUACUGAGGGACGUGAAAGACUGGUUUGGGUUUUGUUGGGUUUUUUGGGUUUGUUUUGUUUUUUAAAGAAAACAAGAAAAGACUGACUUAACAGUUGCUGUUCUACUGCAAAACACUGGAUUAAAAGACUGACAAAGCAAUGUACUGUACAUUUGCCAUAUAAUUUAUAUUUAAGAACUUUUUAUUAAAAGUUUCAAAUUUCAGGCUACUGCUGCGAUUAAUGUAGUGGGGAUACCUGACCACAAUUCUAUAUUUUAGUAUUUUUUAGUAAUUUGUACUGUAUUUUCCUUGCUAAUAUUGAAGUUACAGACCAUUUAACUUUUGUGUUCUACUGAGUAAGAUGACUUGUUGACUGUGAAAGUGAAUUUUCUUGCCGUGUUGAGCAGUCAGAACAUUCAUCUGAGAUCCUUGUAAGUGUAAGCACAGGUCAUUUUUCACUUUGGUAUCAAUAAAAUAAUGUUGAACCUGGCAAGUCAGGAAGAUCAAAAAUGGUUACAAAAACUCACAGAAAUUCCAGUGUUGGGUCUAUUAAAUCUGUAAACCACAACAAUAUUCAAUAAACAAAAAAUGUGUGUAGUAAUGGGCAA